CCUACGGGCCCACAGUGGCGGCGGCGGCGCCAGCAGCAGCAGCGGCGGCGGUCUGCAGCAGCAGCCGCCGCCGAACAAAUCUGUUGGAUUUGGUUGUGUUGUGUUGAUGCUCUGUAGACGACCACGGCGGCUGCUUUCCCGCUAUUACCCUUGCUGUUAAAACUGUUGGUUGCGCUGGCGGCUGCGCCGGCUGUUCCCUGCCUUGUGCUGAGUAGCGGCGCUGUCUGUGCGGUGCUGUAGAGAUGUGCUGCUGUUCGUUGUCCGCCUGCCUGCCUGGAUGGCUGGCUGGCUGACUGGCUGGCUAGCUAGCUCGCUCGUUGUUCUAUGUCGCUGCUGCUGCCGCUGCUGCUGCUGCUGCUGUCGUCCUAGAGUCGUCGUUGUGUCUUUCAUAUAGUAGCAGGGUACCCUACGACCGCCUUCCGCUGGCCUGCUGUUUUGGCCUAACUGGCUGCUGCUGCUGUUGGGCCCGUGCGUAGAGUGUAGCAGCACUGCAGCCGUGGUGCUGCUGCUGGUGGUGGUGGUGGUGGUGGAUAGUCUGUCUGCCUGUUUGCCUGCCUGCCUGCCUGCCUGCCUGUGCAGCAGCGGUAACGAAUUGUGUUGAUUUCCCCGCAGAGGGUGCGGGUCGCCGUGAAGCAGUACGAAACGGCAGGCGGUGUUGAGCUGGUUCAAGCAGCGUUCGAGGUUCUUUUUCAAAGCGUUCGUCGCUUGUUUGCUUUUUCAUUAGUUUAGUCGUCGGCUGGCUCGUUGACUCGGCCAGCGACUAACGACCAACGGAAGUAGCUUCUUCUGAGCAACAAGAAGUGUCCGUCGACCGUGGUGGCCUGUCUCUUAUUCGUGUGCCGAUAUUCCUAUUGGAGUUUAUGUUGCUGGCGGUGUGGUGUUCGUGAUUCGAAGUGGCGUUAUUUUUACGGCAGCUUAAUUUGUUACUGCUGCUGAAAUUAUUAGUGUUAUUACUACGAUUGAUGCGAAUCAAAGUGUAUCAGAUGUGUCUUUGCCAAUGCGUGAUGUAUUCUGCUGGUGCUGCCGUUUUCGUAGCCGUGGCGCCCGCUCAGGCCGUAGACUAACAAAUAACUAUUGCUCCGAUCUUUAAUCACCGGUCGAGUCGAAUUCUAUUCCGCUGCUGCUGCAAUAACAACAGCAGCAGUAGCAGCAAUAAGAACAGCAGAACCGAUAGCGAGUGUUUGGAGUCCCUGUAACGACAGCCAUCACAACAACUAAUUACUUCUACAACAAGAAACAACAGUGCGACGAGAGAGAUCAUUAAGUGACUGGUGGAACAGCUAUUGGAUGUUGCUUGUUGCUUGGCUAUCUUACUGACGAACCGGACCCGACCAUUGCAUUGCUGCUGCCUAAUAACCUGGAAUAUAGACGACGUUAAUUCUUCCUACUAGGACCGCUUCGGCUGUAGUGCUCCUGGUGUUGUUCGCGGCGGUCGUGCCUGUCGUCAUUUAAUGAAGUUGAUUCCUGGUGCCCUGAUUCAAUUGUCACCCGCGCCCGAGGUCCUCAACGAGCCUGUCUGUAUGGCCGUCACGAGAGGUCGAAAUCGCUCACAGACUGGACUCGACUAACCCGAUUGGUCGAGGCUCCAGGGGGGGGACCCGAUUUUCGAAGGUGGGCUAAUCGCUCGUGACAAACGAACGGGGCCGCUACCUAUUUGAGCGACGGGCGUACCGCCACAGGUCGAGGGGCGACCGAGGCGCGGUAACGCUUGUAGAUACAUACAUAAAAUAAACGACGCCAAAAGUCAAACGGCGAACGCCGGCGGUAAAAAGUUUCCAGCCCGCGGCUUGCGCAAAUCCGUCCAACUGGCGAAUACAACAACAACAACAAUAAGCUAACGUCAGUCGCAGAUAGAGGGCCGCUGGGCCGCCUGCAUCGACAGGACGAACAUGGACAAGCUCCAUCCAGAGGCCACGGAGGCCUCGCAGUUCGUCCAGACGUUACACGAUUUCCACCGUGGACGCGGAACCGACUUUAAAUUCGCGCCCAAGAUUUGCGGCCAGGAGAUUGAUUUGCACCAACUCUACAAGACAGUGACCGCUGCUGGAGGAUCUGGAAAGCUUAACGAGCGUCCGGAACGAUGGUAUGAGAUUACAAACGCAUUGCGGUUUCCGGACAAAUGUCCAAAUAGUACGCUGGUACUUCGGCAGAUUUAUCAGCGCUAUUUGGGAACCUACGAAAAAGUAACCUUCCUCGGUGAAGACCCCGACCUCGAGGUGGAAGAUUCAGGCGAAGUAACCUCAUCAUCAUUUCGUGGCGGGCGAAAUUCGUCACGGGGAGGUGGGGUCAGCGCAAAUGCCUUCGUAAUUCAGGUGCCCAUGUCAUACAAUCGGCAACAGCAUGAAGUCACCGAUGGCCAACGAGCAAAUUACGGCUUAUCGACGCAACUCGCCCCGCCAGUAUCACCGUUCGAAAGGCUGUGUUUUUCACUUCAGAGUGGCUUACCGAAUGAGGAGACGUUCGCGUUAAAUGUGUGCACGCUUUUAGCAAAUGGCGGUCGACAUGCCAUGCAACUAAAUAAGGCACCGCCGCGCUUAGUUGAUCUCCUUGUGUCACAGGCUGGGUUAACAGCCGACGAUGGUACGUUGCGGGAUACCCUCGACGAAUCGUGGCGGGCAUGCGAGGCACGGCGGAUGACGAGAUUUUGGCAGGAGCACGUCGACCCCGCCGUCGGAUUGUGUCUAGGACUACCCCCGCUAGAUCGUUUUGCUGAAGCGGCCGAAAAAAUUGUCGAGGAACGAGACUGCGUAGAGCUAAUAGCCGAAGGUGGAUUUAUGGCUACGAGAGAGGCUCUCGAAGAUGAGGAUGAUUUCUUCAACCUUGAUAAUGAGGUUAGUCCGAGAGACGCCGAAGCGCAGAGGGUGUUGCGCAUAGCGCUGAUCCUACAUAACCUCAGCUUUGAGGAAGCGAAUGCCCAAAUACUAGCGCAGAACCAAGCGUUUCUUCGAAUGAUGAUGCUGGCAGCGGUUAGUCGGUGGGCCAGUUUGCGACAGGUGGGGCUCGACUGUCUAUCAAAUGUUGCACCCCAUCUACAGCUCAACGUACAUGACGAUAUCGUCUGCCGAAGUUUGCUACGGCUCACGAUCGAUGGCAUCUUGAAAUCUGAGGAUCGGGGUUUGGUCACUCGCUGCCUCGACAUCAUUACCCAUUUAGCCCAAUGUGAAAGCAAUCAACAGACGCUCGUCGCCGAACUGGACAGCUCGCUGCUUGAGCGCCUACUCGAACUUUUAACCGUUCACGAUGUUCUAUUGAUAAUUCACAGCCUUGAAACGCUGUAUGCGUUGACCGAGCUAGGCGAUGGCGUCUGCGAACGUCUGGUCGCUGUCCGUCAUGCGAUCGCUAUGCUGGUAUCGAUGUUAUCGUUGGACCCUAUCGCGUACGGCCCUGGAGCUCAACGCGGAAUGAAGAUUGUGGAGCACUUUGAUCCUCUGUUGCCGCCAGCAACGGCGCCACUCAUUCCCUCAACAUUAUCGUCGCAUCAUGGCCAUACGCAGCUAAUGCCGGCAGUCGUACAGACGACGCAUAUGGCACCACCAGCAGCGCCCGUGCAACCACUCAUGGGUCGGCCUAUGGGACAGCCAAAUGGAGGGAUUGCGUCUGGAGCGCAACCGCCCAUUGGAGCGACCCCGCCUGUUCAUACUGUCGCUCCGUCUAUGCCAGGAGGCGCCCCGGACACCGGUUCUGUGGGUGAGACGGAAGCGCUGGCUACAGCAUGGAUACGCGCGCAUAUCGAGCUGACGCCGGGAUCGUCCGUAGGCCGUCAGGAGCUUUACGCUGAUUACGUGAAUUUCUGCUCGAAGGCUGGCCGUCGCAGUGUUCUUAGUGGACACCACUUUUCAACAUGCAUUCGAACGAUCUUUCCACAAUCAGCUCUCAAGGUGACUCAGGUGACAGGCCCUAACCAACAAUUGAGCCAGGUAUUCCAAUAUGAGAAUUUGCGGCGUCGGGCUGUGCCUCUCACAGUAACUGUGACCCAGACCGGAGUAGGCAGUGCACAAGCGGGGGCGUCCACAGCCGUUGUAAACCAGCUCUCCGCAACAGCUAUGAAUACGCCGAACUCGACUCACACGAUUUCCAUCGCGUCGACACCUCCUAAACAGCUAUCGAUCGGCUCGCAAUCGGCAGCGGCAGGCGUACUGGCUAGGCCAGUGGCAAGCACGUCCACAGCAGUGGACACCGGCAGUGAACCAACGGGGACUGGCCUUCCAGUUCCCGGUACGACAGCUUCUUCGGCAACUGUCGCCGUGUCAGUAUCUGUGACUAUGGCCCCUUCGGGGGCGACGCACCCAUCAGUAGCAGGAAGUGCUUCUUCGGCGAAGCCCACGACCAGCACCGCUGUCGCUGCCAUAACCUCCAGUAACGCGGCCGAUCCGUCAGCGUCGUUCCUCGGGGGCAACAGCGGGGGCUCGGGAAGUAGCAUUCUCAAGGCGCAACUGAGUGCGCCCAGGCAAUGCGCCCAGCCGGGCUCCGUGAGCAGACAACCUUUGAUAGCAGACGAUGACGGCGCGGUUAAAGCGUCCGCUGGUCAGGGCGCUGCUACGAGCGUUGCCGGUAGCACCACCGUUCCGGGUAUUGGUUCGGGUAGUUCAAACCUGAUUAAAAGCUUACUGGCCUGUAAGGUCUCGCGGAAUCUCCAGAAGGCAGCGCUGGAUAGUGCUAGGGCGGCUUUGCCUGAAGGCGCCCAAGCUCCACCGACAGUGGCUGUACAAAGACCUCCGUCGACAAAAACCGCGUUGACACCGGGAGAGGUAGCAUCUAUUACAACAGCUCCGGUACUUACAGCCGCGGUCAAGCCCGAAGAUGGCGCAGGAUCUGUCGCCGGCGUAGGACCUCAUGUGAACGGUGUCGCUGAGAAAGAUUCUGCAGCCACGACGGGUGAGCCGCUUGCCUCUAGGGGAGUCGGUCCCGCAUCAGAGGCCACAAGCGUCACGACGAGACCAACUGUAGGAGUGAUGGUUACAGCGCCUGCGACGCCAAAGGCGAAUGGAAACCACGAAACGGCUAUCUCGAAUACUACCUCCAACGCCAAGGUCUAUAAGUCAUCCCCGCUGCUCAACGGUCUCCUCGACAGGGGAACCUCACUCCAGCAGUCGCCGCUUCAGCGGUGUACCACCUCAACAGCGGUGAAUGGAAACGGAGCCGUAGACGUUGUAAUGACCGGAACGAAUAGUAACAGCAACAACGGAACCAGCGUGCCUUUGGUUGAUAGCCGACUAUCUCUACCCAACGGAGAGAUGCCGCUGGCCAUGGGCACGACCACCUCAAAUACGAUGGAGGUCCGCAAGCGACGACUUACCUUCGUGUCUGAGGACUCGAACAGCCAGGACGCUACGCAGGAAAGGCAGCAAAGCAGCUUAUCGACCAAUGCCAAUUCGGCGCUAUCGAAGCUGCUUCAAAACGGAACUAUUGAGGAUUCGAACAGUGGCAAUCCGAACUCUACAACAACUUCCACAGCAAUGGAAGUUACAACUGCAAGUACUGGCGGCAGUAUCUUAAAUAACAACAAUAAUGCUAAAAGGAUGAAACUGAUGCAAGAUGACGAGAAGCAGCCGUUUCAGCCGCCUGUCAAGCAUACGAAUGGAGACGUGAAAGCCAGGGAGACCGGUGUAGUUGCACUGGGCGGUAACCCCAUCGACUCAAGCUCAACGCCCGUUGCCUCGGCUGUCACGGUUGCUACAAGCAAUCCAUCUGUUGUUGGCAGCGUGCUCGUUGCGCCGAAAGACACAAUCCCUUUUUCAAGCCACCUUGAAGUAUCAUCACCUCAUCAAGGCCACCAACAACAGGCUAGUCAACAAGAGGUAAUCGAAGGCGCGAAGCAGCCUCAUGAAAACAUUAACAAGCAGCCUCAACAACAACAGCAGCAGACUCUGCCGACCUGUAUCGUCGAUCCAGCACAGCAAGCCCAGGUACAGCCGCCACAAUCAGCGCAGCCUUUGCUGCCGCAGGCUCAGUCAACAAUACAACAGCCCAAGGAGGUUCAACGAUCCGUGCCCCCUUCUCAUGGUGCUGGCUCCGCGGUUGUCGUCACAGCACCUGCACUAUCUGCUUCUGUCCCAGUUCCAGCGGCACCCGCAAUCGAAAAACGGGUACUUCGCUAUUAUUGCGAAUGGAAAGGCUGCGAUCAGUCGUUUGGCUCCGCUCGCCACGUGCUCCUGCACGCAAUCUAUGCCCAUGUAGGUUUGCGUGGAGGGUCUAACCCAGUACAACCACCACCCAAUAUGGACCCAGCUCGUGAUAGUCUAUUCUGCCAGUGGGGCGUUGGUGGCGAUAAAGAAUCGUGUGACGGCAUGGCCCGUCGACGUCUGUCUCUCUGUACGCACGUACAAGAACGCCACUGUUCUGAGGCGCAUCUCCACGUACAGGCUAUUCGACGCCAGCAGAUCAGCCAGUUCGGAGCAGCCAGUUUACCGGCUCCUGUUCAGCCCCCUCCACAUCCGGGAUACGCAGCCGACGCCGCUGCCCACGCUAUUCGGCGGCAUGCUGCGUCGUUCCACGCCUACCGGGACGCUGCCGACGAACGGGAACACCCGGUCACUCGGAGUGUGCGUCUGACAGCCGCGUUAAUUCUGCGUAAUCUGGCGCGACAUGUGCCGUCAUGCCGGUCACGUCUUGCGCAGUACGAAUCCAGACUUUCACAGGUGGCCAUGUCGGCUUUAGAGAGUUCACGUACAGUGGCGCAAUGUCUCGCCGAUUUGCAUAUGCAACAGGACUCGGCUGCUAAGACAACGUUAUCAAUGGAGCAUAGCCAGCUGUUUCAGGAGGGGACGCGACCCCGUUAUUCUACGGACUAAAGAGUUAACACCGAAAAGACCAAUUUAUCGGAAAAAGAUGGAGUUGAACUGCAAACGAAGAUAACGACUGAGCCAACAAGCAACCCAGUGAAUAACAGAUAACGAAAAACAACGCACCCCUGCCAGCAAUGUCAUGAGAUGCUUCCCCUUUUCUACUCCCGACAGCGGCGUCGUCGUAACUACCGAUGUUGAACCGUUUGUGUACCAUAGAGAGACUGUGCGCUAAACCUUUGACGUUACGGUAACGGAUGAACUAUGAAGUAGUACUAUGUCAAUACUUGUCUCAGUUAACCCUGUCUCUGCAACAAAGCUUGUAUCAUCUAUAUCUAUGAGACUUCAAACCUGGGCUUUUUCAUAUUUCGAUCUCUAUCGGCUGCAAUUUGUCGGCAGGCUCGAUUUGGGGAGACUCAACCAUUCUGUCGCAACGUUGACACCAUUAAAUUUUCUGGUUAAUUCGCCUGCCUGUAUUUCGAGUUGCCACUGGCGUCUCAAAACGUGUAUAUAUAUAUAUACAUACAUAACACCUAUAUACAUAUAUAUAUAUAUAUAUAAAUGGUAUAUAUAUACCCAGAUUUGUAGUACUACUAUUAAUGCUGUAUGAGCGUUUGGAAACGGUGAUUCUGCACGCAGUGUUUUCUACAAGCGCAUAAAAAAGAAAUUGCUAUAAUUUAUGAUUUCCUCGAUGAAAUCAUUAAAGAAUGAUACCAUUGAAACGGUGCGUUUGGUGACAAUGCUCGUUAUGGGCAGCGCCAGAGAAGAUGAAACGAAAAAAUUGUAAACUACAUCACGAAGACGUGCUGUCAUUAGUCAGAGAGAGAAUACGUUAUAUGAUGCUGAUGAAGGACGAACUGCGUGGCAGAGGACCACCACAAAAGGGUAUCGAAUACCUCGGAAUGUGUUUUCGUAUCGAAAUUGGGCACAUAGCUGUGGGCCGUGUCACCAUUGAAUGAAUGUUUGGAUGUUUGUGUGUGCAUGAACGUUGUACUUCUCGUCUGGGCGAAGCGAUAUAACCAGAGAUAAAUGCUGAAUGGGAUAAACACAGUAUGUGGGGGAAGUAAACUGUAAGAAUAGAGUACGAUCACAAAACGCCUAGUGUAAUUAAUACCGAACAGGAGGGUCUAACCUAGCCUGCAGGGGUGGCUAGUUUGGUGAUUAAGCAGUGAUGUGCACCGGUGGCUCGAAUGAAAUAGAAAAUACUAAGGCGUACAUGUUUAUUAGAUGGUGAUACGAGGCGGAAGGUGGCAUGCAUUGAAAAUAGCGGAUGCAGAAGGAGCGAUAGCAGAAGCAGUAGAUGAUGACACACGGCUAAAUGUCAGAGAUAGUAACAUGAAAAUUGGUAUUCAGUUAGAUAGAGCAGCAUCAGGAAAGUUGGCUAGGUUUUUGAAAGCUGUGCAUGCGUGCGUAUUGGCGUUACGUCCAGUGGUCUCGUAGGUGGUUCACAUAAUAAUGCGAAAAUGAAAAUAUCUGGGUGGGGUACAGUUUUGAUUUUGGGGAAGUACGUCUAUUAUUGAUGCAGCUGCAGCAGCUGUACAAGCAACAGCACUUAACGGCACUUAGCCUUGUCUGUGUGUGUACAUAGCAUAUACAUAUGAAUUAUAAAA